AUAUAUACAUAUAUAUGCCAGGCAUGAAACAAGUAUUAAAAGCUUGAGAGGGAUUCGGAGACCAUUUGCAAGGAUGUGUUCUUCGUACUUGACCGUGCAAUCAUAUGCAAUGAUGUGUCUUCUCGUCAGGUAGAAGUAGCUAGCUGGAGAUCGAGCGAGCAUGGAUGACUCGAACAUGUUCAUCCAGUGGGCAAUGGAGACGCUUGAGCAGGAGCAGGACGGCGCCGCCACCGGACACGUCUUCCCGUCGUCACUCCUAGAGCUCGACAACUCGGCGGCGCUGCAGAACGGCACGCACAUGGCGGCCCACCGACACGGAGCCACCGACAGCUGGAGCUCAGGCGACAGUGGCGCCGCGGUGGCCGUGGAGAACGACGGCUGGUCGUCCAACUGCAGCACCAACUACCCGGCCGCGAGCUGGAACUUCAUCUCGGCCAUACCGCAGCCGCCCAGCAUUAUCGAGGCCACCCCGAGCCCACCCGCAGCUCCCAGCCACGUCGUGCCGGAGCUGGCGCACAGGUCGCCACCGUCGAGGAAAUCCUCAGGCGCCAGUACAGGGACGGUGCCGACCGUGCAGGAACACGUCAUGGCGGAGCGGAAGCGCCGGGAGAAGAUCAACCGACGCUUCAUCGAGCUCUCCACCGUCAUCCCCGGCCUCAAGAAGAUGGACAAGGCGACCAUCUUGUCGGACGCCGUGAGGUACGUCAAGGAGCAGCAGGAGAAGCUCAAGGCACUCCAGGACCGUGACGCGAGGAGCAUCGACUCGGUGGUGCUAGUGAAGAGGCCGUGCAUCUCCAACGGCGAUGAUGGCUGCCCGUCACCGCCGCCGUCAGCAGCAGCUGGAGGAGGUCCGCCGACGACAAGGGUCACGUUGCCGGAGAUCGAGGCGAGGAUCUCGGAGAGCAAUGUGAUGAUGAGGAUCCACUGCCAGGACGGCAAAGGGGUCCUUGUCACGUUGCUCGCCGAGGUCGAGGGGCUCCACCUUAGCAUCACACAUACCAAUGUCGUGUCUUUCCCGGCUUCCACUCUGAUCAUUAACCUCAUGGCCAAGUUAGACGAGGGCUUCGCCGUCACAGCGGACGACAUUGUAUGGAAGCUCGACUCUGCUUUGCGCGGACAUCAUAGCGGCAAAUGAUAGUUCUAGCUAGGAGAGGACCAAUAAACAUGAAGACGCAAAGGCUUAAGAAGCGGCAAGCAGGCAGCUCAUGUCCAAUUAGCAUGUUCAAUUAGUGCGUGUGUGUGCGCGCGCGUGCAUUGUGAGUUACACUAAUAGUGACCAGUGUGAAUCUCGGGCACAUGUUCAAUUUA